UCACCAGCUGAGAUCAGAGCAGCAUGGUUUCACACUCACCUUCACUCCCCACAGCAAUGAGUUCAUGAUCAACAUGGACAUCUCCAUGAAACCUAACACCACUGGCGUAUGUGGUUCCUGCUCUGAUGAGCCGACAGGUCUAGUGUUAUCUGACGGCAGUGUGACCACAGACCCUGACGUGUACCUCAAGGGAUGGGCUCUGGGCGAGUGUGUCCAGCAUGUGGAGGUUGAGUCGUGUGCUGCUGGUGUGGCGAAGGGCUGUGAUGUGUUAAGUUCUCAGGUGUUCAGCCGCUGUCACGCGCUGGUUCCUUUGCAGGACUAUGUGCAGAUCUGUCAGAGAGUGGCCUGCCAGCCUAAUGCGGUGUGUGACCUUGUUACAGCCUACAGCACAGUGUGCCGCCAACAGGGAGUGUGUGUGGACUGGAGGACGCCCACCCUCUGCCCCAUGUCAUGCUCAGGCUCUAUGGAAUACGAUGCGUGUCGAACUGGAUGUUUGGAGCAGUGUGGCCAAAGCCAGUUCAGUCCUGGUGACGUGAUGGGUGAUGGUUUAAUGAAGGGCAAUGGAUCACUGUGCUUGAACACUCCCACAGAGGGCUGUUUCUGCCCUGAAGGGUCUGUGUUAAUGGGAGAUAAGUGUGUAGGCAAAGAGGCCUGCAGUCAGUGUAUGGACCACCAUGGGAAAGCCCAUCAGUUUAUGGAAAGCUGGAAUCCUGAAGACAACCCCUGUCUUCUGUGUGUGUGUCUGGAUCAGCAGCGCAUCAACUGCACAGCUUUACCCUGCAGCAAUGCUAAAGCCCCAGAGUGUGGACAAUGUGAGGUUCUCCAGGAGAAGAUUGGAUCCAAGUGCUGCCCUGAAUACGAGUGUGUGUGUGAUGUAAACUGUAAGCGGUCAGAUCCCCCUCUCUGUGACCAUGGGCUCAGUGUCGUCCUCACAAACCCUGGAGAUUGUCUGCCAAUUUACAAGUGUGUUUGUAAAAAGGAUCAGUGUCCGGUGUCAACAAAACCAUCCUGCCCUGCGUACAAGAAGUUGUCGGUCAAGCCAUCAGAGUGCUGUGAUUCGUACGGAUGUGUGUGCGACUGUCAGAACAUCACCCGCACAUGCCCUACGGGUUACGUCACGAAUACUAACACCAACGAUUGCGGCUGCAUAGAGGUCACCUGCGCGCCUGAUAAGGUGUGUGUGGUGGACGCUGUGGUGUACCAGGUGGGCAGCAGGUGGGAUGAGAAGUGUAAAACCUGCACCUGCACGGAGCAAACAGACAGACAGACAGGCCUGCACAUUGCUCAGUGUGUGGACCCCGUCUGCAACCAGAUCUGUCCUCUGGGAACCACAUACUCGCAUUCAGAAAGCGAGUGCUGCGGCCAUUGCCGUAAAUCCAGCUGUGUGGAAGGAGGCUAUUUGAGACAGGUGGGAGAGCAGUGGGUGUCUCCGCACGACAGAUGUGUGUUGAGCGUAUGUGCACAGGUCAACGAGGAAGUGUUCAUCCAGCAUACAAACAUUUCCUGCCACCUCAUGGACACGCCAACCUGUCCACUGGGCACAGAGCUCCAGUGCAAUACAGCAGAUGACUGCUGCCCCACCUGCCACUGCGUUCCAAUGAACGCCUGCGUGGUGAAUCAAACUGUUAUUGCGGCUGGAGAGCGAGUGAUGCUGAAUGUGUGCACGCACUGCGAGUGUGUGGGAGAUAAGAGGAGUUAUCGGCUCUCUUGCAGAAAGAUGAGCUGCUCCCCCUGCUCAGAGGGAUAUACACUGGAGCCAAUACCAAAUGCUUGCUGCGGUCGCUGUGUAGCAACUGCUUGUAGCAUCCGACGACCUGAUGGGCAGCUGGUCACUCUGAAAGCAAAUACAACUCGUACAGAUGGCUGCAUUAAACACACAUGCAGUGUGAAUAAGGAUGAAGAAUUGGUGCUUGAGACUCUAGUGACAAGAUGCCCUCCAUUUGACCGCAAACACUGUCUGGAGCAUGGGGGUAAAAUAAGCCAGAUUGAAGACACCUGCUGUGAAAUGUGUACUGAGCCAGAGUGCAGAAGAACUGUGGGUCUUCUGAAUUACAUCAGGGUGGACGACUGCCAAUCAGAAGAGAAGAUAGAACUCACUUACUGCGAGGGGAAGUGUAGCAGCAAGUCUGUGUAUUCUCUGGACAAGCACAAGGUUGAGAGCGAGUGUGUGUGUUGCUCAGCUACAGGCACCGUGCCCAUGAAUGUUGCCCUACACUGCGCUAACGGCACGCGAACGCAACACCAAGUCCUCGCUGUCACUGGCUGUGACUGCAUGUCGCACGCUUGUCCCACCGACUGAGAACAGACACAGAAACCUGAUAAAAUAACUGCUACAAUACACUUUCAUAUAGCAUCUACAACAGGUAUAAUGUUCAGAGGAUUUUCGAACAAAUGAUUCAUUGAUAAUCGAGCACUUUAUCAUAAAUUUCAACGUAUAAAGGACACGUCAUUAAUCAAUGAACAAUAAUCUCAGAUUGCUGCAUUGCCAUUUUGCCAUUAAACAAUCUGUUCAUACAAAUACAUGAUUUUUUUAUGAAUAACUAUUA